CAUCAGCGCCGUCGAAGUGUGCCUCCUUAUUCCUUCUGUAGGUCUCGUAGUUGUAAGACAGCCGGCAGAAAAGAAAACUUUGGAUAACACAGGCAAAAGCCAAACGAUGCCUUCGUCCCGCUACAACAAAUCUUUUCGGAUUCAGUCAUCCUUUGCUUUUGUGUCGCCAAUACUCAUCCUCCAGAUUUUUCUCUUGUGGACGAUCAUGACAGCAUCCACGACCUCCACGAAGGCCAAUGCCUUCUCAGCCGACACUUCCUACGUCUCGCCACCAGCUUCGGAUGCCGCCAAUCAGGUUUCCGACCCAGUCGAGUAUCCCAGGCAAUUGUAUCCCGAAAUUGAUUCGUACCAAGACGGCUACCUGGACGUUGGCGACKGCCACAAACUCUACUACGACGUGAGUGGGAACCCCAAUGGCAUUCCCGCCGUCUUUCUGCACGGUGGUCCAGGAGGUGGUGUCAGCCCACGGGUUCGUCGAUUCUUCGACCCUGACAAGUACAUGAUCGUAAUUUUCGAUCAACGUGGAGCUGGAAAGAGCAUCCCCAACGCCUGCGAUGACCUGGAGGCAUCGUUAGUUGGGCAAAAUACCCAAAAACUCGUCGCCGAUAUUGAUGCCCUUCGAAAACAUCUCUCUGUAGAGAAAUGGGGAGUCGUUCUGGGUGGAAGUUGGGGCAGUACUCUAGCAUUGGCUUACGCUCAGCAAUACCCGGAAGACGUCGAUUCCCUCUUGCUCCGCGGGGUAUUUUUGUUUAGUCCAGAAGAGGUUGAUUACUUGUUUCAAAAUGGUGGAACCUACGGUCAAAAUCCAGAAGCCUGGGACAACUAUUGUAGAUACAUCCGUGACACAUCGGAAGAUUGGACACGAGAGCAAACAAAUUUGUUGGGGGCAUAUUGGAAUCGACUUACAUCAAACAACAAAGACACAAGGGAAGCGGCGGCGGCCGCUUUCGUAGGGUACGAAUUAUCUAUCAGCAAAACCUUUGUUGACCCCGCUGUGAUUGAAGAAUAUUUGGGGACUCCCAGCAUUUUGAUUCCAUUUGCAGUCAUGGAGGUACGUGUCACUUGUGCGACAGUGGCUACUUUAGCUGCUAUUGUAUGGAGAAUAGAGCACAAUCUCCACUUAUCGGUAUGUUUCGGAAUAGUCACCUCCCGUUGCAAAAUUUUUUCUAAGCAAGUCGAGUUGUUCCUCUUUUUUUGUAUUAUUUUGUGUCGCCUGAUGAACCACUUAUCCAAUGAUAUAUACGUUUAGGUUCACUACAUGCUCAACGCCGGAUUUCUUCGCCGCGGACAAUUGUUGGACAAUGUACCAAAGAUAUCCAAGAUGAUGGUUGAGAUAUGCCAUGGCCGUGCAGAUUAUGUUUGUCAACCACAGGCUGCAUGGAGACUCACCCAGGCUUUGCGCACUGCAGGGUGCAAAUCUGUGAACUGCGAAUUUGUGAGCGCUGCUGGACAUUCCGAUUCCGAACCUGGAUUGGUCGAUGCGAUGGUCCGAGCGUCAGAUAAAUUGGCAGAUGCACUUUCAACCAAGUGAGCAAGCACAAUUGAAAUUGUUGGAACCACAAGUCAAAGUCUACUUGGUCUUAUGGACUAUGAAUCCUAGAAGUAUUGCACAAUAAUAUGCAAUAAUCUCAUGCAAGACAAUUUBAAAUGCUUGGUAGAAAUGUUUUUUCCACUUUGAUCUUUAUCCUACAAAAUAGUGUCACUA